AUGGCGAAAAGACUAUCGUCGCUCUUCUCUUUGUCGCGGGACGGCGACCACCAUAAUCACCACCAGCAAACCGAAGCGACACCAGCGACGGCCAGCUCGCCUCAAACUGCUCCUCAGUCACCUCACAAGCUACACAAAUCCCGCUUUACCUCAUCCUCGCAGAUCGACCUCAAUGAUGGCCUUCCUCCCCUCGCUCCUCCUCCUCUCUUGACCGAGUCCGGCUCGGUGCGCCCUCCGAGUAGCCAUCGAAGCGGGACCGACAGUAGACCAACUAGUAGGAAUAGCAGCGCACAUAGUCGAGACGGAAGCAGGAGUCGGCCGCAGACACCCAAUCUAUUGAUACCACCUGGCAAUACCGGCUCGCCAGGUCUCCCCGCUACAUCUCCCGUGGCCAAGAUCACCAAGAAGAAGAGUUGGCUUCCAGGGAAAUCGGACAAACACAGAUUCGAGGAUGGUCCAAGAUCAUCUAAGGCCUGGAUAGCAGGUAUCCGUGAUCAUAUGCCAUACGACUUGGCGCCUCUGUCCAAAGGCGAGAGAGUCCCUGACUUAUGGAACGACCGCGGGGAUACUGUUAUCUAUCUCUACCCACCUUCCUCAGGCAAAGGCCCUUGCUUUCGGAUCGACUCGGCCCUCCUUGCUGACUCAAGUUCGCUCAUAAACUUGCGCAGGCAGUCUCCCACUUCUCCGGUGGAUAGAAAUGGUGACAUUCCACAAAUCCAGACACCCUUCUCAGCGCUGUCUAUGAGCCCUCAACAGAUUCGUCCUCCAUCCCAGGAUUCGAGCUCAACCUAUCGCACCACCAACUUCUCGGUACCGAACAUCGUCACCUCGUUCACUGAGGAAAAGCAUGUUUACCUGCCUAUGGCCUUCGACGCUGACCUGUCUCAGCCAGAAUCAGAACCACAAGGCGACGACUUUGAGCUUGUCGUACUCUACCGUAACUUCUUUGCCUUUCUUGUUGGAGGAGCCCUCGUGUCGACGCACAGGCAGCUGUCCCUGUUUUCCAUCUUUAUGGGGAUCAGUACCAUUCUCAAGCGAUUGGGGUUUUCAAACUCGGACGGCUCCACAUGGGGCGAUGUGCCGUACAACAGCUUCUCACGUUAUUGUGACGAGCUGAGAUUGGCAGAUGUAAGAUCAAGUCGAGAAAAGACAAUCGAGGCAAUCGUACUGGGCGAACAUCUCAAAUCUUGGCCUUUGUACAACGAGGGGUUCUGCCACGCUGUUGGGAGGCUGGCCGAUCUCAAAUCGAUCAAGAGCCCGAAGUAUGAAAUGAUGUCUCCCAUCACCAGGAACCGCUUGGAGCGUGCACAGAUCGACCUCGAGCAGAGGUUACUGGUGGUCAGAGGCAAGCUGGAGGACUUCGAUUUCCCCUCGAUGUUUGCAGGAAUCGCCAACUCGCAGACUGCUACAGAAGCCAAGUUGAUUCGUUUCAAGGAGUGGAAAGCCGCCUUUCUAGAUUUCCGGCGCUUCAUGUUGUCGUAUCUGCGGCGGAGAUACGGUGCUUGGCCACCCAAGGCAUCCUCGAAGAAGAAUAACUUUGAAGAAAGCGGUCUGAACCGGAUUCUGUUACGGGAGCUGUACAAGGAUCUUACAGACUUGUACGACAUCCUCGUCGACCGGUCCUCUUUUACAACUCGUACAGCAGACAUGCCGCCCAUGGAUGAAGACGCAGAGACAAGCGACCAGAACGAGACCAUUCAGCAUGCCAUCAGACGCAUCGAGAGCGAGUAUGACCGAGCAACUCCGCCAGUCUUGCCUCCAGUUCCUUUCGACACGCCUCUGAUUCCACAAUUCUCCAACAGUUUCAAUCGCCGGCACGUGCUGAUGUCUGACAAGUCAGCUGCCUCGAAUAAAAAGCUGAAGGAGAAUGAAAUCAAUGAAGUGCUCUUGGGUUCAUACAAUCGCGAGUCGAUCAAUGCAAGCACCUUCAUUCAAGACUUCUUCAACUAUGAGCGUCAACUGGGAAAGGGGAAAACAUUGGAACAGGUUGUAGACGCACGAUGCGGGCAGUGGCUUUUCGUCUAUGCAGUUCUUCAGGCACUGCCAAUGACUGUUGUGGAUGCGAGAGACCUGAAGCAUACCGAAGGGGUGGAAUACUACCUCUGCGUGGCGCCACGGGGAGGUAGGCCAUGGCUGAAAGAAGAUCAGUCAGUUUCGCGAGCGUGGUACAACGUGAGCAACGGUGGUGGCUACGUGAGUCUCCCUGCGGACCUGAUAGACCAUAGCGUGGAGGGAGUCUAUCGGCGCAGUCACUGCUGGACGGAAGCCUCGAAAUGGACCCAACAAUCACCUCAGCAUGCCGUGAUCGAUACCUUCCAUCGUGCCGAUACGAAUGGCCUACUACCCCGGCCUGCCAGUGCCCUUGUUCAGUCGCCGUCCGCCAGCCCUGCGCAAUCGCCGCAUGCCAGUCCUCUACAUUCCCCACUGUUGCGGCCGAUAUCGCCGCCUGGCUCUCCAGGGUUCCGUCCUUCGAGUCGAGAUCGAAUUUCGGUCAACCUAGGGCUGGAGGCUACAGAGGCUCCGCCAUCGGUGCGCAGCAGCUCACGACCGCCACCGAUACUCAAUCCGAACAUCACUUUCGACGCGAUCUUGGGCACGACUGACGAAGGGGCGAAGGGUAAGGGAAAGAAGGGGAAGAAAUAG